GUUAGUUCACCAACAUCGAGUGUCAAUAUUAAUAUUGUUGCAAGUCUCGGACCAACUCUCAUGCAUCAUGGAUGAUUUAACUGUCGAAGAUGAGAAGAAACCUUUCGAGGCUGAACACAAUGAUGACGACGCUCAACCAGACCCUGAUGAGGAGCUAAUGUUGGACAAAGGAAACGGGAGAGUAUGGCUUGUCAAGAUACCAAAACAUCUCAUGGCCCGCUGGGCAGCCAUUGACGCAGAGGAUGUUCAUCUUGCUACAAUCCGGGUGUACAAAAAUGCCGUCAGCUCAUCCGGUCGAUCCCCUCGCAUCUUCUUGUUCUUGCCCCCUGAUCCGAAUGACUCAACUCCACGGGAUUCAAGCCUGCCGGUCUUUUCUCCGGACGCAGCUUUCAUACCUUCUGUUGAGGGGGGGUUGCAAGUAGACAGAUAUGAACUUGAAAUGGUCAACGAGGAUGUUGAGAAUCAGCUGGUAGUCGCAGAACGUCCUAAAGACCCUGGUCCUUCUGGACCAAACUCCACCUCGUAUAACCCUCGAGCUAGAACGACAAUUCUAACGGGUCGCAUCAAACAUGAAUGUAAUUUGCGUCCUCUUUUCAACGAGUCAUACAGGCAACAAAUGCGCGAACGAACUCGAAAAUAUAAUACCCCACGAAGGCAGAUCCGUAUGAUAGAGGAUGCUGGUGUUAGCCGCGGAGGCAUUAACAGGUUAAGCAGUGGAGUCAACUCGGGAUCGUUUGCGAAUAUGAUUAAAUUUCGACCCAAACCUGCCAAGGGCACAUUUGAGCGUAUGGCGCGUAUGCCACGCAACCAACUGCUGGAUCUUCUCUUCACACUAUUUCGCGAACAACCUCGGUGGAGCAUCAAACCACUGCGCGAGCGCACCCAGCAGCCCGAGGCAUAUCUCAAAGAGGUCCUUCUUGCUAUUGCUACCUUGAAUCGCAGCGGAGAGUACAAUGGAAUGUGGGAGCUGAAUGAUGUGUUCGCCAAAGAAGGGAUGAAAUCUGAAAACGUCCCUGGACCAAGUUCUCUUCCAGAAGGAGUCUCGGGUGAUAUGGGGAUGGACGAAUACGAUGAGGACGAGGAUGACGAUGACGACAUGGAAGAAGUUUCAUAGGUUUGCAUCACGGACAGGUCUCAUUGUUUCUUCCUUGUUUUCUGCUCAUCAUGUAUAUAUAUAUAGCUGCCUUCCAUUAACGCGCACAGUUAUUGAACCAGUUCGCCCGUGUGAAAACAGCUCCGAGGAUAGAACUUGGUGCAUGAUGCGUGAUGGAAGGCAGAACUUCUAAGGCUGUUACUCAUAACUCUUGACUCACUAUGAAUAUCCCGGCGUUUUGGUGACGGUCAGGGCAACUAUAGAGUUCAUGUUGUGGGCAAUAGUGGCACUGGCAAGGUAGGCUUAGCUAAAUUAUUUUCGAAGUCUUGAAAUCAACUCUUUGAAGUCAACCCUCAGCGCGUACAUUGCCACUAAACUCAAUGUGCCACAUAUCUCCCUAGAUGCACUUUUCUGGGGACCUGGGUGGGCAACCCCUUCAGAUGACGAGUUUAA